CCCGCCUUGAACAGAUCCGCACACAGCGUCUUUGGGAACAUGCUUCCUUCCUCUUCUGGUCACUCUACGCCUCCAUUGUCUCAAUAGCUUCUCUUCUCAUCCUUCUCAUUUCCUCCUCGUAUACAACAUGAAGAAGUUCCUCAGCAAGCUAGAAUCAAAGCUCGACGGGGGUUCAGGCGGCGGCAGCGGCGGCGGAUCUUCCACCUCCUCGGCCCCUGCCCCGGAUCUCGGCUCUCAGCCAUCACAGCGUCACAUGUAUUACCAUCGCAAGCAGUAUGGUGUCAAUCUCGGCUCCUGGUUCACACUGGAGAGCUGGCUCACCGGUAGUCUGUUCCAGGGCGCAAAAGAUCCAAAGGGAAGUGAGAUGGACCUAUUGCAUGGAUUGGGACCCGAGAAAGCCAAGCAGGUGUUGGAGAGUCACUGGGAUAAUUUCAUCAAUGAUGGAGACUGGAAGUGGAUGACCUCCCAAGGCAUCAACACAGUUCGACUACCCAUCUCCUACUAUCACUUCCUCCCCGGUAGCUCCUCGUCCAAGCUCAUGGACGGGACCGAGUACGAAAAGUAUGCUUCUGUCUACUCAGGUGCUUGGCCACGAAUUCAGCGAGCAAUCGAGACUGCUGCAUCGCAUGGCAUCGGUGUACUAGUCGACUUGCAUUCGGCGCCCGGGUCGCAGAACACAGACGGACACUCCGGUCUGUCCACGGGCAAGGCUGGGCUCUGGGACUCCAGCAAGCAUCAAAAGAACACUAUUGCCAUCCUGCAAGCAUUGGCCAACGAGGUAGCUCGAUACGACAAUGUCGUGGGACUCGAGUUGCUCAAUGAGCCCAAGAACAACAACGGUCUGCAGGGCUUCUACGAAGACGCUAUCAAGGCGAUUCGCAAGCAAGGAGGGCCUGCUGCUGAGCUGCCACUCUAUCUCGGUGACGCUUGGGACCUCAAUCACUACGCAGGAUGGGUAGCGAAGCAGGCCGGCCCGGGGAACUUCCUAGUGGUAGAUCACCACCUGUACCGCUGCUUCACCAAGGAGGACCACUCGACCCAAGCCAUGGAACAUGCCAAGCGUCUUCAAAACGGCGGCCAGACUCAAAAGAUGCUCGCAGGUGCAGCAAACACUCUAGGGGGCAGUCUGAUCAUCGGAGAAUGGUCAUCUGCGCUCAACCCCGGUUCCUUGCAGGGCCAGUCGCAAGACGAGGCUCAGAGGGCAUGGGGCCAAGCGCAGACUGGCUCCUACGCUUCGCUACUUGGCGGUAGCUUCUUCUGGACCUUGAAGAAAGAGGGAGCUCCCGAUGGAGGCUGGAACUUGUACUCUGCCAUUGAAAAGGGCGUCAUCCCCUCGGGUCUCGGCCGCCCGCGUCAGGCACCCGGCGACCUCGACCAAAGGGGCAACCAUGCCGGCUCGCAAGCCUUAGAAUCGCACUCCAACUAUUGGAAUUCCCACGGCGCCAAGGGCGACCACCGGCCCUUCUCCGAUGGGUUCCAGCAAGGUUGGCAGGAUGCGAACCUCUUUUGGCAGCAGGGCGGUCAGAACCAGAUUGGCUUCUCGGGACAGUGGGCCAUGACGAGGGCGGAAGGAUGGAAGAGGCAGGGAGGUGAUGGUGGAAUUGCUUGGGAGUACGAGCAUGGCUGUCGUCAGGCCAUUGAGGCGUUCAACCAGAUGCUGAGAGGGUAG